ACACACACACACACACACACACGCUGGUGAUGACGGACUCUUCUUCAUUGACCUGCUUGCUGUUUUAAACACCUAUUACAGAUGAACAUGAAGUUUCCAAAGUGGAUUAACGGACCAAGGAGAAGGGGAAGGAAGCUGGAGAUCACUGUGCUGCUCAUCACGACUGCUCUCUGUUUGCUAGUUGUGAUGCGGACAGGCUUAGAGAACAAGAAACAACAAAAGACUACUGGCAAACCAGGUGGCAAAUUUGGACCACAGGCGUUACCAGAGCAGUCCAGGAAUUUGUCCCACAAAUGUCAGAAAAACGUCUCUGUGUCUAACAUCACUGGGUUUUCCACUUUGCCUGAAAACAUUGAAAACUUCUUGUUUUACCGACACUGCCGGCAUUUCCCGAUGCUACUCAACGUUCCCGGUAAGUGCGGCGGUCCACAGAACUCUGCACAGAUUUUCCUGCUGCUGGUCAUUAAAAGUUCUCCAUCCAACUAUGACCGACGGGAGGUUCUGAGAAAAACGUGGGCUUCAGAAAGACUUCAGAGUGGCGUGUGGAUCCGCACUGUGUUUAUAUCAGGCACCACAGGUAAUGGUUUAGAGAAGGAAAGACUUAAUAAACUUCUGGAACUGGAGAACCGUAUAUACCAGGACAUCAUUCAGUGGGACUUUCAUGAUUCUUUUUACAACCUCACGCUGAAGCAGGUCUUAUUCCUGGAGUGGAUGGAGAAGUUUUGCCCUCAUGUGCACUUCCUCCUUAAUGGAGAUGAUGACAUUUUUGCCAACACAGAUAACAUGGUGCAGUAUCUCAAAGGGUUACAUGAUAAUAAUGGAAGCAAACACCUGUUCACCGGCCACUUGAUCCAAUAUGUGGGGCCGAUCAGGGAACCAGCCAGCAAAUACUACAUUCCAGUCCAGGUCCAUGAAUCAGAUCGCUACCCUCCGUACUGUGGUGGGGGAGGCUUCCUGUUGUCACAAUACACUUCCAGAAUCAUCUACAACAUGUCUCAAUCCAUCAUCCUGCUCCCCAUCGAUGAUGUUUACAUGGGAAUAUGUCUGGAAAAAGCUGGACUUAAACCUGUGUCUCAUAUGGGAGUGAAGACAGCGGGCUUGCACAUUCCCUCAAAAAAGCUGGACAUGUACAAUCCAUGCUACUACCGUGAGGUUCUCCUGGUCCACAGGUUCCUCCCUCAUCAGAUAUUUUUAAUGUGGCAUGAAAUCUAUCGGAGCGAUUUGGUUUGUGAACGGAGAGGGUUUAAUGCCCAGCCUCAGGAUUUAGUGCUAUAA